AAGGCCCCGCCCGCUCUUCCCGCCCUCUCUCAUGGCUGCCCUCCGGUUGCUGGGCUCGGCUCUCGUCUGGAGAGCAAGGCCGGCUUUCGCCCGCAGUUUCAGGCAGCCUCAGCGAAAUCAUCGCCUCACGCCUUCCGAUGAUGAGCUUCUCCAGAAAACAACACUCCAUCGUUUGGAAAAAGAAUCACCAAACAUCAUGUUUAUUGAAAAUUACACUAAUUAUGGUUUCUCCAUCAAUGGGAACACAGUGAUAGGCCCUUGCGCUAUUUUGCCACAAGCCAUCUUGCAGUGGAAUGUUGGCACGUAUAAAGAUAUUAUUCCAGGCAGUCUUGCUCUGUUCCAUAUGCUGGAGCCUAAAAUAGAAAUUGUGGUCCUGGGAACGGGAGCCAAAGUAGAGAGGCUGGAUCCUGAUGUCCUGAAAUGUUUGCAUCAACGUGGGAUUGCUGUGGAAAUACAAAGCACGUCUAAUGCUUGUGCCACUUUCAACUUCCUGGUAAGCGAACGGCGUGUGACAGCUGCUGGACUCAUACCUCCUCCUCCUGCUGCCAUGUUUGAAUAAGCCUUUAAGGGAACGCCCAGCAGAGGGCAGUCAUGUGAUACCAGAAUACCUGCUUUAGGGAGUCGGGGACAGGUGCUGUUGCUGCACAAGGGCCCUUGCAAGUGACUGGGCAGCUAAUUGCCUUUGAAUUUAAAGUAAGUUAAGUCCUGUUAAUAGGCAUUUUGUGUAUCAAAUCAAGGAAUAUGUACAAGUAACUAAUGCAUUUUUCCCCAAAAUAUUUUUACAGAACGCUUCACUAUGAUAUGGCAUAAACCAUUGACAUGCAAAACUGAAGGUUUGAUUGAUUGUUUAUUUGAGUGAUCACUGAGACUACAGAGAUAACUCCACAUAGCUGGGUUGACCUUUUUUUGGGGAAGUGGUUUGGAAAGGCUGACUUGGGUCCUGGCUGGCCUUGUGCCUAAGGCAGGACUAGAACUCGAGGCUCCCAGUUUUCAAUCUUUAACCGCUACACCAAACUGGCUCUUCAAUUUGCAUGAGCAACAGAUGUUCCAUAGGCCACCAAAUAAACAUUUGUCCAUUCUUCCUUCUGAUCCUCCAGAACAGGGGUGUCAAACUCGCGGCCCGCAGGCCAGAUGCGUAACGUGCUGGCCACGCCACCACGGGGUUUAGCGGGGGGGGGGAAGUCAUCAUACAUCACGUGACGACCACAUGAUGCCGCGAGUUUGACACCCCUGCUCUAGAACCAUUUCACUAUUAGCUUUCCCAGGCCAAUCAAAACAAGAACAGACUGAAUUUGAGAAAUUUGUGAUUUUUAACAGAAGAAGAGAGUUCCUAAAGUUAGAUUGCAAGAGUUAUAGGGGAUACUGUGACAGUAGCCAGUUGUCUGUGCAUAUCUUGCUCUACUGUUUUCUAAAACCAUUAAAAAAAUACAGCUCCAACUGUGAAGAAUAAAGGACUUGACCAGAGAAGAAAAACAUCAUUCUAAGAUUUUGAGACUUGAACCUGUUUAGUCCUUAUUUCAUAAUAAAUAUGUAAAAAAUACCAUAUUCACACAAUGUAAUGGAAUGCUGUCCUGUAUAACAGCAAUGAUCUGCAUAAAAUGCAUUUUAAGGUGUAAACAUCA